GUAACUAUCGUCAGUUAUGUUGGAAUUUUGGGCUCUAAUAUUUUUGGGUUUGAGGCGGGGAACUAGAGUUGGAACUUGGAAUGAUAUGAGUAAAAAAUAUUCGAAUCAACCACGAUCAAAGCUCAAAUCCUGAACUGAAGGAGGUAUCAAUUUUAAGAUACAAAGUACUUGCAUUGGACGUUGCCCAUCAAAUGCUUGAAGAAAGUAGAGGGACGCCAUGACAAUGACUAACUCCUUUAAAGUACCCAGACAUCAUAGAUAGUCAAAGAUACACUCAUUGGAUGACAUGAAUGCCCUCCUUGAAAAUCCCAACGCAUGGAAUGGGAAGAUGAAAGGAAGGAAUGUCUUCAAAUUCGACCGUGAAAACUGAAAACUAUUCUGUGGGCGGUAAAUGUAUCACCUUUUACUGUGAGAAAGUCUUGAAAAUGGGAGGAAAAACAAAGGGCUAUGAGUGGGAUGACACUUUUAGGCUGGAAUCUGACUCACCAACCAGACCUUUUCGAUACCCAUCCCUUAUAUUAUACUAUUCAUCACGCCAAACAUUACCCAGAAAAAAUAAAAUAAAAUAAAAAAAGGAAAUGUUUUAGAUGCAGUGGGUAACAGGAGCUACUACUUUUCUUAUUUCUGAAGAUCAUCCCAAAGCUCCUUGUUUUUGGAGUUCUAAAGAUCAUUAAUUUCAGUUUCUCCUAAAUGGGUUCAUGUGAACGAUUGUUUAACAGACAGAGAACUGUCCAUGAAAUCCUCGGAGGAGGUCUUGUUGCAGAUGUGAUUCUUUGGAGGCAAAAAAAUCUAUCUUUGGGAAUAUUGAUGGUAACUUUUACUGCGUGGGUGGUGUUUGAGAGAUCUGGUUAUACUCUCUUGUCGCUUGUCUCUAGUAUUCUCCUUCUCCUCUUUGCCAUUCUUUUUCUUUGGGCCAAAUCUGCGGCCAUUCUUAAUCGACCUGUGCCACCCCUUCCGGAGUUGUAUCUCUCAGAAGAAAAGGUUAAUGAAGUGGCAGCUAUUGUUCGCACCCAUGUAAAUGAUUUGCUCUGUGUCUCCCAGGACAUUGCCCUGGGAAAGGACUCAAAGUUGUUUUUCAAGGUAGCUGUAUUCUUAUGGUUGAUUUCCUUCAUUGGUGGCUUAACAGAUUUUCUUACAUUAGGCUAUACCAGCCUCAUUAUCAUUCUUACAGUUCCGGCUUUGUAUGAGAGAUAUGAAGAUUGUAUAGAUAAAUGCAUGAUUAUGAGCUACAGGAAACUGCAAGAAUUGUAUGCAAAAUUUGAUGUGGAAAUUGUCAGUAAAGUCCGAAGAUCAAUCUUGGAAAAGAAAAAACUGAGCUAAUAUCUCCUUGCUUCGUGAUUACCUUCCUUUCUGACGUUGGUUUUCUUUUGCGAGGAGCUGGGGAGUGUCAAUGGAAGGGGAUGACUGGAUUGUUUUCUUAUUGAGCUGCAGGGUGUGGGAGAAUGUACUUACUUGAAAAUGGUUUCUUCUUUUUGUAUCAUUAUUUACAUGCCUGAGUUUUUAGGCUGUGACAGUUUUUGAUCAAAAGGAGUAUAGGAGCCACUACCCUAAUCACUUUGAGCGAAUCUGAAAAAUAUACAAUGAGAAAGUUUUGGCUUUGAAAUACUUGUUAUUAAAA